GCCCGUGACCGCAGUACUGGCGGGGAAACUGAGGCCCGGCGUGGGGCGGGGCGCCCCUUCCAAGCCUCCCUCCCCGGAGCCCCCGCUCCGCCCCCGUCGGCCCCGCCCCGGUCCGUAAGAGGCCCCGGGGGCGCGCGGGGAGGCGCACAGCCAUGGCAGCGCAGCGGCUGGGCAAGCGGGUGCUGAGCAAGCUGCAGGGGCCCGCGCGGGCGCGGGGUGCGGGGGGCAGCCACAGCCCCGGGGGUCUGCAGAAGCGGCACGCGCGCGUCACGGUCAAGUACGACCGGCGCGAGCUGCAGCGGCGGCUGGACGUGGAGAAGUGGAUCGACGGGCGCCUGGAGGAGCUGUACCAAGGCCGGGAGGCAGACAUGCCAGAUGAGGUCAAUAUUGACGAAUUGUUGGAACUGGAGAGUGAAGAGGAGAGGAGUCAGAAAAUUCAGGGACUCCUGAAGUCCUGCAUGAACCCCACAGAGGACUUUAUCCAGGAGCUGCUGGUGAAGCUUCAAGGCCUCCACAAGCAGCCAGGGCACCGCCAUCCCAGCCCGUCAGAUGAGGGCAGCCUGAGCCCCCAGCAGGAUCGAGCCCGGACUGCACCGCCCUGACCCACUCUGGCAUGUGUCCACCGUCUUCCGCCCCUGCACCGCACCCCAGUCCUGACUUGUUUAUAAAUUGUAUUUAAUGGUUCCUGUAACAAUAA